UAAAACAAGAUUCUUCCGCAGACCUUAGGUAACCCAAUCCAAUAAUAACAUCAGUCAAUUGACCAGCACGACACAGACGGCAAUUAACCUGCACGCGCCGCCGUCGCUAUGACCGAACCUCAAGACCCCUUCUCCUACCCUCCCAUUGACCCCGUCAACUUCGAUCUCAUCAUCGUCGGCACCGCCCUAUCGGAAUCCGUCAUCGCCGCCGCCGCCUCCGCCGUCGGCAAAACCAUCCUCCACCUCGACCCCAACUCCUUCUACGGCAGCCACUUCGCUUCUCUCUCCCUCCACGAUCUCACUUCCUACCUCACUUCCCCGCACUCCCUCCCCUCCGCCGCAACCGCCGCCGCAUCCUCCGACUCUGACGACAUCGUUGUCGUCGACCUCGUCCACCAACCCCUCUGCACCGACGCGGAAACCGCGACCUACGAUGAAUCCGCGUUUCUCAGCGAAAAUUCGCGAAAAUUCAACAUCGAUUUGGGAGGUCCCAGGGCGCUGUUCUGCGCGGACAAGACGAUCGAUCUGUUGAUGAAAUCGGGCGCUGCGCAGUAUUUGGAGUUCAAAGGAAUCGACGAGAGCUUCGUCUAUGAAGCGAACGCGGGUUUGGCGAACGUGCCGGAUUCUCGAGGAGCGAUUUUCAGAGACAAGAAGCUUUCGCUGAAGGAGAAGAACCAGUUGAUGAGGUUCUUCAAGCUGGUUCAGCAGCACCUCGAUGAUACUCAGGAGGAGAAGAUUCCCAAGGAGGAUUUGGAGAUUCCGUUUGUUAGUUUCUUGGAGAAGAUGAAGUUGCCGCCUAAGAUAAAAUCGAUUCUUUUGUAUGCUAUAGCCAUGCUAGAUUAUGAUCAAGACAACAACGAGGUUUGUGAAGAGUUACUUAAAACAAAAGAUGGAAUAGAUUGUUUAGCUCAAUACAGCUCAUCUGUUGGAAGGUUUCCCAAUGCUCCUGGGGCUUUGCUUUAUCCUAUUUAUGGUGAAGGAGAACUACCACAGGCCUUUUGUCGUCGUGCUGCUGUCAAAGGUUGCAUUUAUGUUCUAAGAAUGCCGGUUGUUUCGCUGCUUAUGGAUAAGGUUACUGGGUCUUAUAAAGGUGUUAGAUUAGCUUCAGGGCAGGAUUUAUACAGCCACCAACUAAUCCUGGACCCAUCCUUCACAAUUCCAUCACCGUUGUCUUUGUCUCUAGGAGAUUUUCCCAGUGAAAGGCUCCAAAUGUUGAGUCAGAGAGAUAUUAAAGGAAUGGUGGCUAGGGGAAUAUGUAUCACAAGGAGUUCAAUAAAGCCAGAUGUAUCAAGUUGCUCAGUGGUGUAUCCUCCUAGAUCUUUGUAUCCUGAACAGGUGACUUCAAUCAAAGCUCUUCAGAUAGGAUCAAAUCUCGCUGUUUGUCCUGCAGGAACCUUUAUUUUAUACCUUUCCACUUUGUGCAAUGAUGCCGAUGAAGGAAAGAAGCUACUAAAAGCAGCCAUGAAUGCUCUACUUACGCUGCCUGUAUCGGGAAACUCUGAAAGCAUUCCAAGUGUUCAAAGUGACAGUGAAGAUAUAAAACCCAUUGUGCUCUGGAGUGCAUUUUAUAUUCAGAAAUUAAUUAUGAGUAAAUUUGAAUUUAUCAGCUCCACUCCUACACCGGAUGGAAAUCUGAACUACAAUGCCCUUUUAGAUGCGACCGAGAAGCUAUUUAAUCAGAUGUACCCCAAUGAAGAAUUCUUUCCAAAGGCAACAUCACCUGAAGAUCCUACAGAUGAGGAUGAUAAUGGGUUAACUUUGGAUAGCUAAACAAGGUGAAACUGGCUGAGCAUUAAAGGAAGUUGUGAAAGAUAUGUUUGCGCCCCUAAGAGUCGAAGAAGUAGGUUAAAAUUGUUAAUUAUGGAGGUAAAAGGUUACAGUUCCUAAUUUAUAGGUGAACAGAAGCGAAAAAAGGUCCUCAAGGCAGGGAAGUAGUUGUUACUGAUUCUGAAAUUUUUUGUCAAGCAUACACAUGCGGAUUUUGUGCUGUGUAUCCACUUAUGAGCGUUUGUUGGACAAAGUUGCAACUUGUUUCAAGAUUGUGGAACAGCAGUGGAAGUUUCACGGGGCCGAACAGCGCUUACACUCCUGUAUCUUCAUCUGCAAUUUGUAUUUUGAGAACGAUUUGAUCGAAUAAUAUUGUAUGAAUUUAGGACGUAUUCGGAUUUAUUGCAACAUUAACCAACACAUAAACAUUGUAGGUUGUUCGAGCGCAUUUAAUUUUGGAAAAAACUUGACUUCGUCUUAGUACAGAAUGAAUCAAAAGAUAGGGGGCAAGUAGUUCUACCAUCAGAAAAAAGGUGUGGCCCGUUUAGAAGCAAAUAAACUAUGGUUGUGCUUUCCAACAAAAAAAUGUAAUGGAUAGAGAUAUAUAGACAUUCAUAUACUACAAAUACUCAUUUAACACUUAUUAUUUCUCUCAA